CGGCAAGGCUGACAGUAACGCGUUCCUUACUCUUUCCCUCUCCCUCCACUACAAUCUCUCGAAUCAUGAUUCGUUGAGCUUUUCUUCCAAUUAAGAUUCAUUCCCUUCAUGAAGCAAGCGCGAUUACUUCAAACCACAAUAGCUCUCUGGCCCAGGCGAAACACGUUAGCGACAUCCAUCUCCCUUCGAAGCCGCCGGCCUCAGCUCCUUCAGGCGCGUUUCCACCGCUCGCGGCUCUUGAUCCCUGCAGCUCAAGGCAACUCGAAACGGUAUCUCACGACCAUGUCCUACGAAAACAUCAAAACAGUACAGCAGGACGAGCAGGAGGUAGCUCAGCUAGUCGAGAGCCUGGAGGAAGCCACGAAGAGAGGCAAAGCUGCGAGCAAGAAAUCAUUCGGCUGCAGAAAGUCAACAUUUGAUGUGGACAAGACAAAAGGCAUCAAGGUAAACUCUUGGAAGUUCCAGGACUGGGACUACAGACGCCCCGAUCUCCCCACCUACGCCCGGGGGCUUUUUACCACCCAAAGGAAAGAUGGUACACAUGAGAUUGCGGUACGGGGGUAUGACAAAUUUUUCAACAUCGAGGAGGUCAAUGCGACAAAGUGGAGGAACAUUGAGAUGAAUACACGGGGACCAUAUGAGCUCAGCGUGAAAGAGAACGGAUGCAUCAUCUUCAUUUCCGGCCUCGAAGACGGAACUUUGUUGGUGUGCAGCAAACACUCGACAGGUGUCCGAAAUGACACGGAAGUCAGUCACGCCCAGGCCGGUGAACGGUGGGUGGAGAAGCACGUCAAGUCCGUCGGAAAGUCCGUCAAGGAUUUGGCUAAAGAGCUGCGCAGACUGAAUGUGACGGCAGUGGGCGAGCUCUGCGACGACAGCUUCGAAGAGCAUGUCCUUGCUUACGACGAGUCGGUCUCGGGCAUCUACCUCCAUGGCCUCAACUUCAAUGUCCCAAAGUUCGCGACCUGCUCUAGCUCGGAGGUUCACGCAUUCGCCGACUCGUGGGGCUUCAAGAGGGCCAACUUCGUUGUGUACGAGGACCUCGACCAGGUGAAGGAGUUUCUUGAGGAGUGUGCAGAGACCGGAACCUGGGAUGGCCGCGAGACCGAAGGUUUCGUGAUUCGCUGUCAGAUGGGUGAAGGUGGUCGUCCACCCUACCAUGACUGGUUCUUCAAAUACAAGUUUGAGGAGCCUUACUUGAUGUACAGACAGUGGCGCGAGUGCACCAAAGCUAUCAUCGCCAAAAGAUACCCCAACAUCAAGAAACACAAAAAAAUCACGGAAGAGUACCUGCAGUAUGCUCGAAGACAGCUCGCGCAAAACCCGCGACUCGGGGAGCAGUACAACAAGAACCACGGAAUUAUCGCUAUGCGAGAAGGGUUUCUUCAGGAACGAGGUCUGAACGGAUCUGAGAUCAUCCAGAUGGAAUCGGAAGGCUCAAAGGAAGAAGUGACAAGAGAUGUUGUCUUGGUCCCUGUGGCUUCGCUGGGAUGCGGAAAGACCACCGUGGGACUUGCUCUGGCCAAAUUGUUCAACUGGGGCCAAGUGCAGAACGACAACAUCCCAAAGCAGAAGAACAAGCCAAAGAAAUUCGCCACGGAUAUUAACAUGCUGCUUGCCGUACAUCCCGUGGUCAUCGCGGACCGGAACAACCACCAGAGGCGCGAAAGAGAGCAGAUCAUACAGGACGUUACUACUGCUAUUCCUCGGGCUCGAUUCAUCGCACUUCACUACGUCCACGACCCCAAGCAAGAGAUGCUUCCGGGGAUUCGAGAGAUUACAAGACAGCGGGUCCUGAAUCGUGGUGACAACCACCAGACGAUUCGCGCAGGCAGUAAAAACAGCGAAGAAAUCAUCGGGAUCAUGGAGGGAUUCCUCACGCGCUUCGAGGGCGUCAACACCGACCGCGUACCCGACUCGUACUUUGACGAGGUCAUCGACCUAGAUGUCGCAGCCUCCUCGCGCGAGAACCUGGAAACAGUGGUGAAAGCCCUACACGCAUCGUAUCCCAAGCUCGUGAGGGAGGUCCCCACUGCGCAGCAGCUCGACGAUGCAAUCAACUGGGCAAUGCAUGACUAUCAGGUGGAGCUGGACCUUAGCCAGGCCUACAGCUCCGGGGGCCAGAAAUCAAAGAACAAGAGCAACCUCAACAACAAAACCAACAGCCCCGACUCCGCAGUCGCACCCAGCGCUGAGGACUUGGCCAAGAAGCUCGAGUACUUCUGCAUCAGCCUACCGGCGGCCGAGGUGUCGAACGUGCUGCAGUCGCUCUUCCCCCCGUCCACCGACCCCGAGCGAGCCCGCAUCUACCACCAGCUCGCGAAAUCGCGCCGCAUCCAGCCCUCCUUCCACGUCACGCUGAUCCACCGCGCGUCCAAGAAAGAGCACCCCGACAUCUGGGAGGGAUACACCCGGCAGUACAUCGAGAAGAUGAAGAACAAGCCCGAAUCCGACCUGACCAUCACCCCGACUCUGGCCCCCGUGCGCGUACGCCUGGAGCGCCUCAUCUGGGACAACCGCCUGAUGGCCUUCAUCGCGCGCAUCAUGCCCCCCGAGGACGGAAGCCAGGGCGACUGGCCGUGCGCCAACGAGACCCCGCACGUCACGGUGGGAACCGUCUCUACGGAUGUCAAGCCGAAGGAGAGCAACGAUUUGAUCAAGCGCUGGCAUGAAGUUGGUUCCGGCGGCGACACCGGCAUCUGGGAAGCGGAGAUUCCAGGCGUCAAGGUUAUUCACGGUGCGGUGGGGAUGGUGAUGAGCCGAGGGAAGUAGCAGGUUGAUUGAUUGACGUGGCGAUAUGGGCUUUCAGAUGAAACAGCGAUGUGAUUAACAUGUAGAGCACAGC